AUGAUGAUCGACACAUGGACCGCAUGGGCGCCCAUGCCGGCAUGCUGUUUGCGACCGUGUUUAGUGUGCUGCAUGUUCACUGCCUGUCAGUGUUCGGCCAACGUGCCAACACGCCAUUACUUCAAGCAUUAUGACGGCCGCCAUCCUAUAUCGUACGGUGUUCAACUACCCAUGGGGCGAGCACCGUUUGCAUUUGCUGUGGCCAACUCCAAGGAUUUGACGAGUUAUUUGCUACGCGACUCGACUGGGCCAUUCAUGACUAGCCCAACGGCAAGCUCGAGUUUGCAAGAGCUUUGGGGAUUUGAGGAAGACAGCAUUAACGAGCAGGACGAGAGCAUAUUGAAGGCGGAUUGGUAUGCUAGCAGCUUUUGGGGAGCUGAAAGUGUUCGAGUGUUUGUACCCCGUACCGAUGAUUUUUUGCCUGCUCACCCAGCCCCACUUCGAAUCCAAGCUUUCUUGGACGCUUUCCGGCAAGCCUCAUCCGCUUGCUGGGAGCGCCUUGUCGAGGCAUUAUCUGUACUUGAGAAGGAGGCAUCCGAUGAUGAAGACUCGGAGUUGCAUGAAAGUGUUAGGGUUGUCCGCCGUUGCCUGCUGGACAAAGUGCAGUUCGCUGGUGUAGAGGCACAAAUUUGGCAGGGCGGAGACUUAACCAUGGACUCCCACACCGAUGGUGCGACGGCAUUGUUGCAUUUGGGGGUUACCCUCGGGGGAGCUCGCACCUUGAGGGUCAGCCAUUUUCGCGAGAGACACUCGCAAUACAGACCACAAGAAAGUCGUCGGAGAGGCACGCGCUCUGGUGACGAAAUCAGCGUAUGGAACCCUGCAGCGUAUGACAGGGAAGAGCUGUGGGACAUUGAACAGACCAAAGGAUGCUUCUACCUCACAUCUCCUUUUUGCUUUGAGCACGGUGUGAAGUAUGAGAAGCACGAGUCGAGUCCAACUUUUGCCUUGCAGUGUCGCUUUGUUUUUGCAAACCUCUCUGCGGCAAAGCUCGUGAAUGGCCAGCGGACGAACGCCAUGCGAGAGGUGGCCAACGUCAUCGCACAUUCCCUUGCCGAAUCCAUCAACGCUUGCGAGCUCCAGCUCCCCACCGUCCAAGAGGAAGAUGAAGCUGCAGAGGACACCACAACGGCCAGGAACACGGCAUCAACAGCCACUGGCCCGAUCACGGAAAAAGCCACCGGAGUGCUCGAGGGAAAGAUGGUGAAGGCUGUGGACGAUGGUGAAGCAUCGAGCAGCGACAGCACAUCGUCAGAGAGCAGUGCUGACGACAAGGAGAUGUCCGAUGCAUCUGAUCUCGAUGGUGAAGAAGAAGUGGACCGAGAAGUGGAAGUACUCGGAGGGCUAAAAGAUUUGAUCGUCAGCCAGGAGCCCGUUCCGGUGGAUCCGUCCUAUAUGGGAAAUUGGGAUGGGGCUCCUGAACUGGGCUCGCCAGGUUUCAACCGAUUUGCUGCACGAGUGAUGUGGAAUGCUAAAAUUGGCAGGAAGUUGAAGGGACGGCGCGCCGAAGGCGAAUGUCCACCUCUCCAGCCACAUCAAGAGGCGGUUGCAUUUAUGCUGCAUCCGCAGUCGCCCAUCUCUCGGAUGCUGGUGGAUCAUCCUACGGGAUCAGGCAAGACUCGAGAGAUGAUUUGCGUCUUGGACAACUAUUUCUUGGACCCGCGACCGAAGGUGCCUAUAUUUCCCAAGGAGCCGGUCUGCCGCAACUUCUACAUGGAACUACUUCGAUGGCCCAGCCGGUAUCGGGACUUCUUUGCCUGCCUGAGGCCGCAGGAUGCAGCCAAAGCCAGUGGCUGUGCAGACUGGCGCUCUCGACGGAGGCUUCGCUGGGACCUGGCCGACCUGUCUGGUGUUGUCAUGCACGAGCUGUGCUACAACAUGCGGGAGGUGCUGGAAAUGAAGGGAUGGUUCUUUAUGGGCAGAAUGAGACGUUCGCGCAGAGAGGCAUUCCGCACUCGCUUCCCAGACGAAGUUGCCCCAGCUGCACCCUUGCGGGCCCUUCGGUACACGUCAGCAGGUGGUCGUCAUGCAGAUCUUCGGCCGGAUGGAUGGCCGGUGAGCGCUUUGCUGAAGGUUGCCUUUGAUCGCGCACAAGCUGCUGGCAAUGCUUACUCGAACAAGGUCGUUAUCAUGGACGAGGUCCAUAACCUGGUCCGGCUGCAGACCCAAUAUGGUGAGCAACUCGCACGGCUUAGAAACCUCCUCUCGACUGCGCGCGGCUCGGUGCUGGUGGGGUUCACAGGAACUCCCAUCCUGAACGAGGCAAGUGAGGGCAGACAGCUCCUGGACAUUGUGAAGGGUGCAUUUGCCCCUCCGGGCGAUGGUGGCUUCCUCUCCUCGUUUCCUAUGCGCCCAGUUGGCCUGUUUCCGACAUCCCUUCCACGAGGCGUGCCGGAUGCCGUCCUUACUCCGAAAUUGAGGCGCCAAAUGGUGCACAAGGUCAUGCUGUCUGCGGAAGCCUUGAAGCGCUAUGAUGCUAAGAGAAUGAGAGGGCUGCCUGAAAAGCGACUUCGUGCUUUUUGCAAUCUGUGUGUACACUUCGGCAGCCUGCACGACGGGCGAAGCGGCAGCAAGGCUCGCAUCCUUGCGAACAUGGAGACAUGCGCUCCAAAGCUUUUUGCCAUUGCAGAAAACAUUGUGCAGCAUGCCGAGAAGGCCUUGGUGUUGGUCGCACACAGCUCUGGACUAAAAGCUCUGGUUGAGCAUUUGCAGGAGAGGUCUUGCGGCGGAAGCAAGUUUGGCGUUGCAACAAUGGAAGAGCUUGCGGAGUUCAACUCCCCCUCGAAUCUUAGAGGGGAGCGCUUUCGUGUACUCGUCGCAGACGCCGCGCAAUGCUCCGAGGGCGUAAGCUUCAUGGCAGUGCGAAGGCUUCAUCUUGCCGACGUGCCAGCAUCGCCCAGUGCAUUUGUACAGGCCGUGGGCAGAGCCAUACGAAUGUACGGUCACGCAGCUCUGCCACAAGAUGAGCAAAUAGUAACCGUCCAACUGUGGGUCGCAGUAUUUCCCCGAUGGAUGCGAUCUUCGUUGGCUGCCUGGUGCUUUCGUGCUCAGAAGCGCCGCGAUCCCCAGGACAUGGUAUCUGGUGCUCGUCAUUUGCUCCGCCGGUUGCUCGCUGCUGGCGUGACGGAUCUGGAUUCACUGAAACUACGUCUAGAGCGUUGUGGUGGCUUCUCUGGAAGCCCUACAGACAUCCGGCCUCCACUUUCGCUGCCGGCGGCUGCAACGUGCCUGGAACAACUCGGGCUUUGGGAACAAGCGAAGCUUAUGCGACAGCGCAUGUUCAAGGUCAAGAACAAGGGUCAGGCGCGGCGCAAGCCACCGGCGCAGCCCAGACGGUUCUCAGGAAGAUGUGCUGCAAGCCUGAGAAAGGUUCCUCGCCUGAUGCCGGUCAAAUCCCAAGUCAAGGCCGAACUUCGAGGCAAAGCUAUCAAAGUGCUGAAAAAGGAGGAGGUGAAGCAAGAAGAAGUAGUCGUGAAGAAGGAGCUGGCAGACGAGCACGACCUCCAGUACAUGCGGCGCGGCCAGCCUCGCCAAAGCUGCCGGCCAGUGGCGACACCCCAGUUCGGCCAUGUGAAGGAAGAGGAGACGAGAAGCGACACUGGCUGUGGGGACGACCAGACGCUGUUGUCCUUGAUCACUUCUGACCUGGGCAAGCAAACAUCGCACCUCCAUUCUGGUGCAGGAUUGCAAGGAGAGCCGAGCCGAUCAGAUUCAGGGCCUUCAAUCAAGUCGGCCUUUGCGGCGGAAAGAGACCCGCUAUUGCGAAUGAUGCAGUGUCUGUACUGCGCACAGAGCGCAGCAGAGGCAGAGAAGGAGCUCUGUCUAGGCAUGCGCACAGCAGAUGAGGAGGCGCUCCGAAACCUCUCGCAGAGAACACGAGAGUUUGUGCCGGCCUUGGCAGCAUUUCGCAAGAAAGCAGUCGAUCGCCUCAUCUUGGCGACAGAGAGGCGGACGAAGGCCGAGGCGCCAAAGGAAGCUGUUGAAGACAGCGAUGGGCAGAGUAGCAGCAUUGACUUCGGGCUUACUGAUGAUGACAAAGACACCAGAAGGGAGCGGCCGCAAGCUCCAGGAUACUCCUUUCUCUCGCAUCGCCAUCGGUUGCAGCACCACGGCAACAAGGACCUGUCUGUAGAAAGGCUUCGAGCUGCUACCCCAGCAGGUGCGCGCGUCCUACCUGUAUUCCCUCGAGAUGCCCUGAUCCCACAAACCAUUGCUGCUUCGGCUUUCCAGGCAAAGCCAGAAGUGGUGCUUCCCAGGCAAGACAUGGCCAGACAUCGCUCGGAGGAUCCUUCCGUGGAUGCUUCAGGAAAGCGUCAGAAGCUUGACGCUGGAGGUUGA